AUGUUCGUGUGGGCCUUCUACCUACUCGCGAGUCUCGUCCUUUGGUAAGCCUUCUGGAGCCUGUCCCAUUUUCUUUCGGAGCCCUUCCCGCCAUUUGAUCUCGGUGUUUUGCGUGUCUUGAACAGGUUUUCUCCCUCCCUCACUUCUGAAACCCACUUCCUCUUUCGCUUUUCAACCUAUAAAUCACAAGAAUCAUGGAAUGGCUACCCCUUUUGCCUUCGUUCGGAGUGUUCACGAAUCGAUUAAAUGACAUAAUUCGGCUAAUCCAGUCGUUGUUCACUGAUUAUGAUAGUAAUAGGCUGGCCGUCUCAUUCCCUCCCCCUCUGAUAACCACUUUUUGUUUGCCUUUUGGGUGAGAGAAGGGGAGGGACGCGUAAACGGUACGCGAUUCGAAUGCCCUUGUGUCUGAGGGGGGAGGGAAAGUAUUUUGUAAUCUUGUGCUGAAACAAUAGGCGAGCAAACAUCACCCGACUGCAGGGCGGACAAAGUGAGCGGUGGAGCACGCACUCCCUACUUCGACCUGACCGUCUACAGUGAUUGGCCGCAGUUCGAGGACUACGUCAAGGGAGUCGCCCACGACAAUCCGUCGUUCGUGCAGUUGAAGACGAUCGGACGGACGCGGGAGGGCCGUCCGCUGCUCGGAGUCCGCAUCGGAAAGCCGGCUCCGGCGGGAAAAAGGAAGAUCGCCGUGUGGCUGGACGGAGGCAAUCACGCGAGGGAAUGGCCGGCCUUCCACGUGGCAGUCUACUUCAUCGAGAAGGUGAGAGAGGGAGAGAAGGAGAGAAAGAGACGGAAGUGGUGGCAGACGGGGAUUACACACUCGUCUCGUUUCGAUUCAUUUCAGCUGGUCAACGGCUACCUCAUCGACGCUAAGAUCACGAAAUACGUGGAAACACUCGACAUCUACGUGUUCCCGGUCCUCAAUCCGGACGGAUUCGUCUACUCGCGAACAUCUUCCAGAGCUAUGGUCAGUUGAGGACACUGAGGAAUGGAUGGCGAAACGGAUAACCUUUCAGAUCAGACAAUGGCGGAAGAACCGUGCGCCGGAGAACUGCACGGGGACGGGGCCGUUCCAGACGGACAUCUGUUGCGAGGGCGUUGAUUUGAACCGCAACUACGACAUCGGGUUCUCGCAAGAGAGCUAUCCGUUCAACAAUCCGUGUUCCGACGAGUUCCAGGGACCGCAUCCGUUCUCAGAGCCCGAGUCCAGGUACAGUGAUCCUUCCGUUCUCGUCCAAAUGAGUCCGUUCCUCUGCAGGGCCGUCCGUGACUUUGUCAUGUCUUCCGAACUCUACGGCCGUCUGUAUGCGCUCAUUUCGAUGCACACCCACGGACAACUCUGGAUCCUUCCCUACAAUUAUCACAAGAGAACGUACCCGCAGGACAUUAAAGAAUUGGUGAGGAAUUCAGAAAAAGCGAGAGGGCCUGGGACGUACUUAUUUUGCAGGAAGCACUUGCGAACAAGGCCGCCGACCGGGUUUUCGCGUACCGGGAGACCAAGUACAGAGUGGGAACGGCGGCCGAUAUGCUCGGAACGGCGACGGGCGGAGCGACCGACUGGAUCAAAAAGAACACGCCGACCAAGUACGUGUACGUGCUGGAGCUGCCGCCCGACAUGAAAAGUAGGCCGAGCUGGGAGGCCACCUCAAUCACACUCGUUUUCAGCCUGGUUCGCUUUCCAAGUGAAACCGCACUGGCUCAUUCCGAUCGGAAAGGAAACGUGGCUCGGAAUCGAAGUGAUCUUCGACCAAGUCAUCGAAGAGACCAAGAACUUCCAGCCGACAGAAGCGACCGCUAAUUCCACGGCAGACAUCAGAUCUCCACGGUUCAGACAGCUAUAA